CUCCCGCGCGGGACCAUGAAGGUCGAGUUUGCGCCGCUGAACAUCCCGCUGGCGCGGCGGCUGCAGACGGCCGCGGUGCUGCAGUGGGUCCUGUCCUUCCUCCUGCUCGUAAAAUAAAGAGAAGAUUAACCAACAGUGGUAAAUUGUCAGCACUCAGACCUGGGUAGAGGCAAGCAGGUGAAGCAAGAUGAAAUGAUCCUGGUAGGAGUGAGAGCAAAGGACACCCUUUUGGCUGUGCCCCCGGAGUCAUGGAAACUUCGCUGGCUGUUCCAAAAUGCGACAAAACACCCCACGGAGGGUUAGAGGGCACAUCCUUCCUUAACUCUUCAUGCACCUUUUCGUAAAUAAACCUUACCCUGGAGAAAGCAGGUGUGCAUUGGGAUCAUUGUGAUACUGAUCAUACACAACUAUUGGUUCCUCUAUGUCCCUUAUAUGACAUGGCUUUACUUUGACUGGCGUACCCCAGAGCAGGGGGGCAGGAGAUCCAACUGGGUCAGAAGCUGGACCGUGUGGAGGUAUUUUAAGGACUAUUUUCCAAUUCAUCUCAUCAAAACUUGGGAUUUGGAUCCAAGUCACAACUACAUAUUUGGGUUUCAUCCCCAUGGAGUGCUCGUUGCUGGAGCCUUUGGAAAUUUUUGUACGAAUUAUUCGGACUUCGAACAGCUGUUUCCUGGAUUCACUGCGUAUCUCCACGUGCUCCCAUUUUGGUUCCGGUGUCCUCUCUUUCGAGAAUAUCUGAUGAGUAGUGGACCAGUCUCAGUUUCUAAGAAGAGUGUGUCCCAUGUGCUGAGCAAGGAGGGAGGUGGAAACAUUUCAGUCAUAGUUCUCGGGGGCGCGGAAGAAUCGCUGGAUGCCCAUCCUGGAAAAUUCACUCUGUUCAUCCGCCAGCGGAAAGGAUUUGUUAAAAUCGCUUUGACCCAUGGCGCCUCCUUGGUCCCAGUGUUUUCUUUUGGAGAAAAUGAGCUGUUCAAACAAGUUAACAACCCUGAAGGCUCGUGGCUUCGAACCGUGCAAGAGAGGCUACAGAAGAUCAUGGGGUUUGCUUUGCCUCUUUUCCAUGCCAGAGGGAUUUUUCAAUACAAUUUUGGCCUGAUGCCAUACAGGAAACCGAUCCACACUGUUGUUGGCCGUCCAAUCCCCGUUCAUCAGACUCUGCACCCAACCACGGAACAGAUUGAGGAGUUACAUCACACCUAUAUGGAGGAGCUAAAGAAAUUAUUUGAGGCGCACAAGAGGAAGUAUGGUAUUCCAGAGCACGAAACUCUCACUUUUAAAUAACUGUACGCUUAGAAGGCACACCAGAGGAUGCGAGAACAUCCCAUGGGAGAAUACAUAUUUUAAAUAAGGAUGUUCUUCUUUGACUAUGGAGUCCAAUGUGCAACUGGAAAAUAUUAUUUAUGGUGACAGAUGUUGGUGAGUGUCCAUGGGCAAUAAAAAUACAGCAGGUGACCCACCAGGAGAAGGGUGGAGAAGACUAUAACCCUUCUAAUCAUCCUCCUCGUUUAGGAAGGGCCAGUCAUUUUGCAGGUGAAGAAAAGGUUUAGAAUUAUUCGUGUGCUCAAGAAAAAAAUACGACAGCUUCAAAAAACAAUUAGACCCUUUUACUAAACAUCACAAUAAUUUAAGGUAGUGUUUUCACUAAGUAUGACAGCUGUUGUUUACCACAGCUGGAGCAGUUAGGAGACCAUGUGUGAAAUAAUUUUCCAUACAGAGCUAGAGGAGAUCUUUUUUUUUUUUUUUUCUGCUCGAACAGACCAUUUUUGGGUGAAUAAUGUUGCUUUUCAGGCUUAGAUAAUUUGAUCCCUUUAGGUCAUGUCAACCAACCCGUUCUUAUACAAUAGUGCAGAAUUUUUAUGCGGUGGGUGAGAGCGUGUCUCUUCAUUUCUAUUCAUGCUUGGAAACAUUCAUGCUUGUCGUUUGCUUCGAAGCAUGUGCAUUUGCGGUGGACAAGGAGGUCUUUUGGGACACAUGCUUUACAGAACAUUGAAAUUCCGAAAGGUUUUCGUGGUCGUAGAAAUGAUCUGAAUUUUCUUCCCAAAUAGCCUCUUUGAGGAAGACCAGCUAUGAAAGAAAGCGCCCUCUCUGGUUGUCGUGUGUCCAGUUACAACCGUCUGGUCCGGAAGAGAGGCAACCCUGUGCCUCCUGUUCACUGAUACCUCCCUAGUGCCUGGGCCGGGCACAAAAUAAGUACUUGUUUAGUGAAUAUAUUUACGGAUGAGCCCACAAAGGUGAAGAGUUUUUACAGCUGCACCGUAGGAUGAACCUAUUUUAAGAAAAGACCCAGUUUCAGAAGGAGAGAAUGUGCGGGGUCUGAUUGUCUCGUGCCAGUAACGGAAGAGACCGCAGGCUGGUUUAUAAGAUGCAAGUGAAAAGGAGGUUUCUGAUCAUUAGGCACUAAAAGUUAAGUAAAGGAUUCGGUAAAUAAAUGAGAAGAAUGUCUAGUUUCCAAAUGAUCUCCGUUGCUAUAUGUUGCUUCUUUACCCCUUGUGCUCUGGGUAUUUGGGGGCAACUUUUUGGAGUUGUUCUAACUUACUAGUAAUAUAUCUUCAGGCCUCUAAUUUUUCAAACAUGAAGCCUGGGCUGGAGCCUGGACUGAGGUCAGCAUCAGCCAAACAAAAUCAUGCUGGGUAAUGUCUUGACUAGGAAAGCAUUUCACACAGGAAAAAAUGAACAUGCCUCUGGCUUCAUACUGGUUGAACAAUCCAGGAGUCCACUGACCCAUGGCCUUGAACUUAGAUCAAUUUUUUGUCAAAGCAGGGAAUAGGGCACAACCUAUUUUUAACAGAUGCACAAAACUCGACUAUAAAUCCUUUUUGGUAUUACUCGACACCAACAAAGUAUAAAAGGAGCACCAUUUACAGAAAAUGACACCCCAGCUGGUCAUGGGUCGGUCUUUCAGAAUGCCACGACGACUAGAGACCUUUAUUAUAAAGUCUGUGAAUUUCAUCCCUUUAGAGAAGUUCAUUAAAGUCUCUGUGAUUUCACAAAACUAUGACUUUUAAUCUCAUACUUGGUCCUGGGAGGCCAAGCUGACCCUGACAUCAGCUGGAUCAUCUAAUAAAGCAAAGUUAAAGCCCAUAGGUAGUGAAGCAAAGGCACUGAAAAAUGAGCAAAGUUCCCCUCUGACGAAUUUGCUAGAAUUUUGCCAUUUCAAAACCCUAGGCAUCAGCAAACUUCCAUUCUGGCGUCCGUAAAAUCUUAUUUUUAGAUACAUUUUAGGAGUUUUAUCUCUUUCUUCCUUUCUUUCUUUCUUUCUUUCUUUCUUUCUUUCCUUCCUUCCUUCCUUCCUUCCUUCCUUCCUUCCUUCCUUCUUUCUCUAGAGGUCAUAAUCUAGCCAGAAGUCCGUUCAUAAACCCAAAGCAUAGUUGUAAGCCCCAUAUAGUCCUACAGAUUGCAAGUGAAGGUUUGGACACGAACUUUUGCUACAGCACAAUUGUGGGCUAUAUCUUGUACUCCCUAAUAUGGUUUGACACAGAGUGCCUCUAUUUUAAAGAUUCUCGUCUACUCUGCAACUGUACCUAAUGUUUAAACAGCAAAGCAAAAAAUAACAACAACAAAGAUAACCCCAGGACCCAGUAAGAGAAACUGACCUAAUUGCCUUGAGAAAAUGUACGUUUGUGCUAUUUGACUUAGACAUUUCUUUGUCCUGUUUCUCUUGCACACUGGGCACCAGCUGAAUCAUUUGCUUUGUCUUACGGUUAGAACUGUUGAAAUUAUCUAGAUCUGGUUAAGUCUGUUAUGCUCACAUUGAAGAUUACAGCUCCAGUGCUUAGAAAGGCCAGCCAGUUUUGCUGUGUCCCAAGGGGAACCAGGACAAGGGAGGCUACAUGAUUUAUGAAAACCCUUCACUAGAACCCUGGAAACAAUCAAAGUAUAUAUACUUCAGGGAUGAAGGGUGAGCCUUUAUUGUACGCAUAGCAUUUUUAAAAAAUACUUUUUAACGUUUAUUCAUUUUUGAGAGACAGAAAGAGUGCAAUCAGGGGAGGGGCAGAGAGAGAGGGAGACACAGAAUGGGAAGCAGGCUCCAGGCUCCGAGCUGUCAGCACAGAGCCCCACGUGGGGCUUGAACUCAGGAACUGUGAGAUCAUGACCUGAGCUGAAGUCAGACGCUUACCCGACUGAGUUGCCCAGGUGCCCCAUAUGCAUAGCGUUAAAAGCAGAAGCCCUGUUUUCAGUAGAAGGUACGCUUUGGUCACGGGAAAUACAGGAAGAUGUAACCUCACAUCUCUUCCAAACUACCUCACCCACGAUACAAAUGGCCAAAGUACAUGAUAAAUCUGAAAACAAGUUUGGGGUCUAUUUACUCUGUCUCCUUUUCCUUUGACAGGAAACAGUAUUGAUGGGAUUUGUUGAUUGUUUUUGUUUUUGUUUUUUUCCCCAGUAGCCCAAGGAUAAGCCAGUUCUUAAACUGUAUUUGUAUAUAUAUUUUUUUAAGCUAAGCGAUAAGAUGUCUAUUUCUGGGGCUGGGAGAGUUACCUCAAAUAGAAUUUGUGUAUCUUAUGAAAGGAAAAAAACAAGGCAACUUCUACAUAGCCAAUCACUCGGUCCAGUCUCUCUGGGCUGGCAAAUACAGAAGCAGUUUUUUAUAUUUAAAAAAAACCAAGGGAUUUGUCUAAAACCUUAUAUUUCAGUAAUGUUCAUUAAUCCCUCCCAGACACCCAUUGCUUAGUGCCUUAAUACCGCAUAUGAAGGAGAAGGUCUGUCCCAAACCCUAGUUUACUCAUGGAAUGAUGGGGUCCUCAGUAGCAGAGUCUGUGUCCUGUGAGUGUCGUGAUCCUGGCACCCACAGAGCAGGCUGGCCACACUUUCUCGAAUGCUUGUGGUGCCACCUAUGUCAUAGGAGCCAGGCUUUGGAGCUAGAAGGGGCUUUGCAGUCUGCGGGUUAUUCCUUCUACAGAUGAAGCAGCUGAACCCCAGUGGCUUCGUGCAUGUUGGAACCAUGUUCGUGUUACUCUUCUCUGGUGGAACGGGAGGUAGCACUCGUCCGUCAUUGUUGAUGAAUAAACCCGUGCACCCUCUUGUAGAACAGAGGUGUCAAAACAUAGAGUUGGGAUGAAAAAUACUCGUAAAGCAAGGGAUUUAGCCACUCCGAAGCGAGCUCUGUCUUAUUGGGACCUAGAGCAUGUUUCUUUUGUGAGACCGGCACACCGCAUUGUUGAUUUUUCCCUUUCUGCGAGAGCUAUUUUGGUGAUGUGCUCUGGGUGACAUCCAAGUUUUCAACGACAAGCUGAGCCACAAGAGCCUUCGGUAGUGAGCAGCAGGCUAAGGCAAGGGGCUUUAUGCCCAGGAUGAGUGACAGACCCCACGAAGGAUCCUCUCUCUUGGUCAUGUUGUGACCGUUAAGACAGGUCGGAGCAGAAGUGGAAGAGGACUGUGGUCACCUCAGUGACAGCCUCAGAGCCCCAAGCCCGUUCUGGCUGUGGCUUCAUCCAGCUGGGUUGUUAGAGCUGCCUUUUUUCUUUCUUUCUUUCUUUCUUUUUCUUUCUUUCUUUCUUUCUUUCUUUCUUUCUUUCUUUCUUUCUUCUUUCCUUCUUUCUUUCUUUCUUUCUUUCUUUCUUUCUUUCUUUCUUUCUUUCUUUUAAGGCUCUUAGAUUCUGAUUAAGAAUUUUCUUAGGCCCUCUUGAGAAUAAAGAUAAAUCUGACCGUCUUGUAUUCCCAAGGGCUGUACAAUUCUCCCCCUGUCUAUUUCUAGACCAACGUGGAGCUUCCUGGUCGGGUUCCAUCUGUCCAGUCUGGGGAAUGGUCACGUGGAAACAACCAGCAAACACAACUGUGCUAUUCUUUUUUACCUUCCAGACUUCGAUUUCAAAUAACCCUUUAGCCCCUGGGUCUCCACUAACUGGCGGGGUGACCUGGGCCCCUUCCUUCCUGUUAGGAGUGAAUGAUCUCCAAGGCUCCCUCUGGCUCUGUCUCUAUGGUGGGUGUCUGCCUGUUCUGUCAUGGUAAUGACAUCUGGUGGGAGGUGCAGACUUAUCUGUAGACUUCUUUUUCCUCUGCCAUCGUCACUCUGGACAUGCAGAGAGUUCAAAUGACGGUCUCCUUUCGUAGUAUACGUAAAACAUAAAUUGCUACGGAAGUUUCUCCAGCAUCACAGUGACCUUCAGUCAUGGUGUUUCCACAAAACAGUUGAGUUCUCUAAAUAAAAAUCGGAGACAUUUUUCUAAGAGAUUUCCUCCUUUACACACUUCAAAACUGUGAAAUAACAGUUUAUUCCGUGUUAAAAUCUUUAUAGGAGAUGGUGGGCUUUUAGAUUUUCUACACCGUACGUGUUUGCUGUGUGCUUUUUAAAAGCUCUUGGUUGAUAAAGUUGUGACCAAUAAAUGUGUUUUAUGCCCAA